AUGGGUGACCUAAUCGCGACCCCAGAGCUCCCGCAGGUCGUCGCGCCCCUCAUCCUAGGCGUCACCCUGCAUUUGGGCUUGUUCAUCCGCGGCGAAUGGAACCUGUAUGCAGCCACGGUCGCUUCGGGCCAUGCCCUCGUCUUUGCUCUCGUGCUGGCCAGGCAGCUGCUGAUUGCCCCCGCGCUGUGGUACGUCUCGGCGAUACCUAUCGCGGCCUACCUCUUCGGCCUGCUCGGGAGCAUCAGCGUGUACAGGCUCUUCUUCCACCGGCUGAGGUCCUUCCCUGGCCCUCGCCUGUCCGCUGUGACGAAGCUGUGGCACCUGUGGAAGGUCCGGAAUGCUAAGAACCAUCUUGUUCUGGACUCGUGGCGCCAUUAUGGCCCCUUUGUCAGGACUGGUCCCAAUGAGAUCACCAUCUAUCACCCCGCAGGGGUUGAAUACCUCAAUGCGCCCCAGAAUUCCAAUACCAGAUCUGAUUGGUAUGAUCUCCUUUACCCAACCGUCGGCGUGUUCAGCAGGGACCCUGCCAUUCAUGUUGCCCGCGCAAAGGUCUGGAACAAGGCAACUUCACCAGCCGCCAUGAAGGAGUACGUUCACAGGAUCUCAGAUCAUAUUAUGAAGUUCGAGACCGCCAUUAAUGAGAGGGCCGGCAAACCCUUCGUCGUCAACGACUUGAUAUAUGACAUGUCGUUUGACAUCAUCGCCGACAUUGGCUUUGGCACAACGGAUAUGAACUCCAGGGAGGGGGCUAACGCUGUCGGUAAUGCAUUGACUAUCAUUGGGCAAACUAUCCCGGUGCCCUGGAUGACUAGAUUAGCACUUUCUCUCUGCCCGGGGGUCUGGAGGCUCCCGUACUGGAUGAACUUAUUCGGGUACACUAUUGGUAUCGUCGAAAAGAGGAUGAAGUCCAAGCCAGACGGGCUUGACGUGGCAUCCUUCCUUAUUGAGGAUACUCAACGCGAAGAUGCAGACAAGAUCAGCCAUGAAGCCCUCCUCGGCGACUCUGGCGUCAUGUUUAUAGCAGGAAGCACCACCGGCCCCAUCUUCAUCCUCAUCUUGUACUGCCUCGCUCGCUUCCCUGAGAACAUGGACAAGAUCCGCGAGGAGCUGCGCGGCGUAGACUACAACGACCCGAACGCUCUGGCCGCGCUGCCACACAUCAACGGCGUGAUCACCGAGACCAUGAGGCUCUUCCCCGCGGGACCGACCUUUGGAUCGCGGCAGACACCACCAGAGGGCCUUGAUUGCGAUGGCGUGUAUAUCCCCGGUAAUGUCAAGAUCUUUGCUCCACGCUGGAGCAUUGGACGGCUUGAGGAAGCAUUUGAGGACCCGCACAACUUCAUUCCUGAACGCUGGUAUAGCAAGCCCGAGUUGGUCAAGGAUAAGAGGGCCCAUGCCCCCUGGUCUCUAGGCCGAUACACCUGCUCUGGUAAGAGGAUUGCCCAGGCCCAGCUGAGGCUCACGAUUGCCGUGCUCCUCACCAAGUAUAAAAUCUCUUUCCCCCCGGGCGUCGAUGAGAUGCACGCGGAGAAGCUGCUGGAGGAUCAGCUGACUCCUCUUCCGGGUGACUUGGAGUUGGUUUUCGAGGAGUUGAAGGCGUGA